AUGUCUAACCAAGAACAUGAUUUUGGAGCCGAACUAGACAGCUACAUUAACGAAUCAGCACCGCCAAAUCAAAGCAAAGAAGCAGCGCAAGAAGACUGGACAUUCGAUAAAAGCACUGGUGUUUAUGUGAUCCAUGAUAGACGGCUUGUCAUGUACUAUGUUGACGGAAACUGGGUGUGUGGUGACUAUGACACUGUUUACAACAAUCGAUACAUGUUUGAUUCAGAGACACACUCUUGGUUCGACACAGUGACCAAGCAGUACUCUUUCUACGACGAGGCGAGCCAGUCGUAUGUACCAUUAACAGACGCUUACUGGGCAGGCCAUCCACAAAGCACUCAAUCCAUACGACUCGUUGUACAAUCAUCACCUCAUUUUCAAAGCGGACAAGUGAUACUCGUGGAUGAAAAUGGAAUCAGCAUAGGGCGUGAUCGGUCUUGGGACAGUAGGCUUCGAUUACCAGAGAUGAUUGUGAGCAAAUAUCAUGCCAUGGUGUUUCUAGACAAGAAGGAAAAGGCGUUUUACAUGAUUGAUAAUGGGUCACAGCAUGGCACCUUUGUCAACGGGAAGCGGUUAUCAGAACCCAAGCAAAGCAGUUUACCAUACGAACUAAGGCAUUUAGAUAUCAUUCGGAUUGGAUCCACCAGUUUGCAAGUGCAUCAGCAUGAUAUGGGCUGGCCCUGUCAGGCUUGUUUAGCGAGCGAAUACAUUGACACCACAUCAGGCAAAAAAGACAAGGCGCAACAACAGCAGAAACCAGAAGGCCACAUUGAGGAUUUAGAGGCAAGCCGACGAGAGUGGAUCAAGAGGCAAAAGAAGUUGUACGCACUGGACGACGACACUUCACAAAGCUAUGUGGAUCGUGCGCAUAUCAGAAGAAAGACGACAAAGCCUGAAAAGUUUGUCCCUGAAAAGCAAGAUGACAGCAGCCACGUUGAUUAUGAUACCCACCAAUACAAAGCAUCUGCUGCUGCUACUACUACUACUACUACUGCACCACCAGUGACAGUGCAUACACCCGUUCAGGGCAUUGGUAACAAAAUGCUCCAAAAGUUGGGCUGGCAAGAGGGGCAAAGUCUUGGUAAACGUCAAGAUGGCAUUCUAGAGCCCAUUGCACCUGCGAGCCAGUCGUCAAGAACUGGUCUGGGAUCACAGCAGGCUACUAUAACAACCCAACAGGAAACAAGAAAAGAAAAGCAAUGGCGGCUUGCACAGCAACGAUAUCAAAAUGCAUUUUCAAAUGAUAGAUGA